CACAGCACACACUGCUGCACGCCCAUCACACACACUGUUUCAUCUGCACACAUAUUCACUUCGUCUCUGAGCGCCAAUUACCAAAAGCUGAAAAUGGGGAAAAUUAAUGGAUGCCUCAAAUGUCUUUUUAUCUUUUUCAACGUGUUGUUUGCAAUCAUCGGAUGUGUGCUGAUCUACGGAGCAGUGAAGUCCGCUGCCAUUUCCAAUCAGAUGUCGUCAGUUGGGGCCCCGGGAGUCGGCUGGGUUUGGGUGUUUGCCAUCGGUGUCCUUGCCAUCUCUUGCCUGGGAAUCUACGCCGGCUGUGCUGAGAAAGACAUCGUUCUCAAAGUUUUUGCAGGUUUCAUGGGCGUUGGACUGAUCAUCAUGCUGAUCUUUGGCAUCAUUGUUGUUGUCAUGAGAAACAAGAUUAAAACCAAAUUUACCUCCACCACUUCCGAAUAUGCAAAGCCUUUAAUGGAAGAUGAGGGAUUCCGCGGAGUGCUUGAAGGGUUCCAACAAAGUGCCCAGUGCUGUGGAGUGUCAAGCGCUUCAGACUGGGGUAAUGAAAUCCCUGACUCCUGUGCCUGCACUACUUCAAAUUAUUUUGGAGGUGGAUGUACCGCCAGACCUGGGGGAGCAACAGGCCCAAAUCAAAUCUAUGCUCAGACUUGUGGUGACACCCUCUUCAUAUUUUUUGACCUCUUCUUCAAGAUCGCCAUGGGUUUCUUCUUUGGAUUCGCUGUCACCGCAUUACUGGGCCUGCUGGUCUCCCUCCUGAUGAUCCAUCAAAUCAAACGUCAUGACAGCUCCGGAGGGGCGUCCAUUGCCAUGAAGGGCUUCUGAGAAAAACCUUCAACAGCUGACCUUAACCUCUGCACUGUAACAGGAGGACUCAGUGGUCAAAAUACGACCUUUUCUCUUUACUUUUUUAUGACCUUUCUGCCUUUUAAGAGAGUGACAGGGAAAGCAGGAGACACAGGGAUGAAAUGGCAUGCUUCAGAAUGAUUUCAUUUGGGAAAAAAUGCCUCACAGCAUUUUCUUUCCUUUCAGCUUUGUAUUGUAGAAAAUAUUGCUUGAAUAGCAAACAUUUAUUUUUUUGAAAAUCAUUAUAUUGCUUGUGUUAUUGGAUGGUCAGCAGUAUUAUAAUAGUCUUGUAUAAAAGAAGUUGUUUCUAAGCUCAACCUUCUCUACAUCUGACUGGAGCUCUAUUAACCCGAGGAGGUCAUAAAAUCAGAGCUACUCCAUUCUAAAGCUACAGUAAAACAAUUUGGAAAAUCAACUUAUCCAUCUUAUUCCUCAGUCACCAGUAAAUAGCAGUUAAGUGCCUGUGUGUCCUUGCUAAAUUGGUGGUAUUAGAAGCUUGAUGGUGUAGUGUCUACUCAUAGGACCAAUUCAUGAACUAUGCCCGCUGACAUAUAGGCAGUCAGGAACAUCCUAAUGCUAUUAUGACACAAUAGCUCUUCCAGGUAGCUGGCUUGCUAACUGUCAGGGAACAAACCAGCCCAUGUUUGCAGACCACGCCUCUUUUGUCGAGCAAUUUAUAGGGUGUAUAUACCUGAUUAUCAGACAGGUGCUAUGUAGCUUCUCUGACUCUCUGUGGCCUGAAAAGGUCAGCACUGUCAAAAUUUGCUGUUGGUCACCAAGUGAAUUUGAAUGUGAAGGAGGAGCUCUUUGGUGGGUGAUUUUACUCCUUAUUGUGUCAAAUCUAUUGAAAUGCUGCUAAAUUUAUUGGGCCUUUACUGAGCACCAAAAAGUUUUAAGUUUAGCUUUGCACAAAGACUGGGAGCAGAGGGAAUCUGUUAGCCUAGCUCUAGUGCUGUCUUACAAUAUGACUAUUCCUUUAAUUCAAUCAGAAUCUCCACUGAAAAUAACUUCUCACAUAGAUUGUGAAACAAAACUUCUGGUUUUGAUUGCUCUUAUUAUUUUUGGAAACAUCUGCCAAAAGAUAAAAGAUGAAAACUCUUUGUGUUCCAGCUAUAUUUUAAUAGCACUUAAGUACUGUAGACAUUAUAAAGUUAUUAAGAUCUUUUUAGUUCAGGGAUGUGGUCAGUGACCUGAAUGUGUAAAUUAAAAACAAAGAAGUGCUCUGAUUAAAUUCAACCAAUCAGAAGAGCACUGAAGAAGUCACCUGUAUGUGGACUUGAACAAAAUGUUAGACAAUGAAUUUUCCUUUUUCUUAAACCUUAAAAGAUGAUGGGUAUGUUUAUGUGGAAUAUUUUAGAUACCCUGGUAGUAUGAAGGUAAGAAUGAAGUAGUCCGUCCACUGGACUUCAAAAAACAAAACAAAAAGUAGUACAAUAAAAUCCAGCCUGAGGGAAUCAGAUAACGCAGGUAAAUCCCACCAAAUUUUGCAGCAUUGAGACCAAAUGUACAGCAUUGUUACAAAAUGUAGAAGCAGUAAGAUUACAAGCAGACUUUCAAUGAGUAUGAACCAAAAAUCAACAGCUCGGGGUUGAAUACCCCUCUACUGGUAAAAAAAGAAGAAGGGACUAGGCAAAAAAGACAAAUACUGUAACAAGAACUGUUUUAUUGUGAAAUCUGCGCUCAUAUCAUGUCAGAAUAAACACUAGAGGCCAAAAAUCCACAAGUUCUUGCUGUUUUGU